AAUCGAUGUGAACCCUAAAUUACUCUUCUCUUUUACAAAGAAGACGAGAGCGGAGAGAGACAACUGCUCUCUGCAUAAAUAAUCGAUCGUGAAGUUGAACUUAAAUUCGAGGUUUUGUAUCGAAAAAAUGGAUGUAUGGGACGCAUUAAUUGAGAAUGGGAAUGAUGAAACAGAGCAGAAGCCGAAGACUAAGCACAAGGGAAAGCACGACAAGCCGAAGCCAUGGGACGAUCCCAGCAUCGACCAUUGGAAGAUUGACAAGUUCGAUCCUUCUUGGAACGAGGGCGGCAUGCUUGAAGUCAGCUCUUUCUCGACGCUUUUCCCUCAAUACAGAGAGAAGUACUUGCAAGAAGCCUGGCCCAUUGUGAAAGGUGCAUUGAAAGAGCAUGGAAUUUCGUGUGAACUAAACUUGGUUGAAGGAUCCAUGACUGUGUCAACAACUAGGAAGACAAGGGAUCCCUAUAUUAUAGUGAAAGCUAGGGAUCUCAUUAAACUCUUGUCAAGAAGUGUCCCUGCACCUCAGGCAAUUAAGAUCCUGAAUGAUGAAAUGCAGUGUGACAUGAUCAAGAUUGGCAACUUAGUCCGCAACAAGGAACGAUUUGUCAAACGAAGACAACUUCUUGUGGGCCCUAAUUCUUCUACUCUGAAGGCGCUGGAGAUUUUGACUGGCUGCUAUAUUUUAGUUCAGGGAAACACGGUUGCUGCUAUGGGUUCAUUUAAAGGUCUGAAACAAGUGAGGAGGAUUGUAGAGGACUGUAUACUAAAUAAAAUGCAUCCAGUUCUUCAUAUCAAGAUUCUCAUGAUGAAGAAGGAGCUUGGAAAAGAUCCAGCUCUUGCAAAUGAGAACUGGGACAGGUUUCUUCCCAAUUUUAAGAAGAAAAAUGUUAAACGGAAGAAAGUUCGGAGUAAAGAGAAGAAACAGUAUACACCGUUCCCUCCUCCGCAGCAACCUAGUAAGAUUGACCUGCAAUUGGAAAGUGGUGAAUACUUUUUAAGUGACAAAAAGAAGUUUGCAAAGAAGUGGCAGGAGAAGCAGGAGAAACAGGCAGAAAGGGCGGCUGAAAACAAAAGAAAAAGGGAAGAAGCAUUUGUUCCUCCCAAGGAGCCCACAAAGCAGGAUUUUGGUAAAUCUAAUGAUGACAGGAACGAUGUGGCUGCCAGGGCACUGUCUUUGAAGAAUAAGGCAAAGGAGUUCGGGAAGCAAAAAUCUAGUGUGAAGAUUGACCCUGAGGCAUAUAUUGCAGCUUCAGGAGAGCCGCUUUCGAAGAAGAAGUCCAAGCAGUCCCGGUACUAGUUUCAGAUGAGUGGCUCUUAAAGUCAUGUAGAUGAGAGAUGGGCGGACAAAAAAAUAUCUUGCUAUCCUGCAAUUGCCGGUUCUGAAAAGAUGCUCUUCUUGCUGAUCAGAAACAAAAGACUUCUUCAUUCUCCUGUAAAAUUGGAAAAAAUAACCUGUGUUUCCCUUUCGAUUAUUUGAUGAGAUUUUUGAAAAAGGGUACACUUGGUCUGUUGCAGGACUAGGCAUGUCCAAUAUUAAUGUUUUUUUUUCAUCUUCUCGAAUUAGGAUGGUUAUAAGUGCAAGUGGUUGACUUGUUCUGCGUGGCUUUGCACUGUUGAAAUCAUUUUUUUUUUUUUUU